GUGGCGGCGCGGCCGUUCCGGGCCGUUGUCACCGACGCUCCGCGGUCGCCGGGGCUGUGAGCGCCGAGCCGCGGGGGGACCCCGGCCCGAGUUAAAAGAGUGGAAGGCGGUCUGUUAGGGAUGGAAGACGGAAGAGACCUCGCUGAGUAGAGGAAGCUGGCGGAGGAACCAGGUGGAGUUGGAUUUGGAGAGUAGAAGGCACACAUCCUGAUUCAAGCGAAGAAAAGGUGAAUGAAUUGCCUCCAUAGAGAACUGAAUGCUGCUCUCUCCCCUUCUGUAUAAUUCUUAUGUGAUAGUGGACAAGUCACUUUGUACUCAUUGAGGACUACUGAUGAACUAUUAACUGAAUGUUAUGCAUAGCCCCUUAAAACUGAAGAUUUCAGUUACAGAGAGAAUAUAUUGACUAAAGCUUCUGAAAAUGGAAUGGGGAGGAGAGUAUUCACUUGAUUCGUCCAAUUUAGACUGUUUGUUAAGUGUCCUUCCUGGAGAAUUGGAGUUUCAACAAGUCCUUGGUGAUCUUGAUGAAAAAAUAAAGAAGAACUCUUCUAGCAUAGAACAGUGUCUUAAAGACCUGCAAUCAGAAGUAAAUGAGAUAUGUACUGAUCAAAUGCUACAAAGCACAACUGACUGCCUGCAGUGGCUGAACGGCUGCAAUUUUAGUUCUCUCAGACCUUCUUCUACACACCAUGGACAGCUGAUGGAGUUCCUUAGGACCCUGCAAAGCUUGCUGAAGAAUGAGCAAAAUCAAGAAGAAAUGAUACUUCACUUCCUUCUGGAUCUCUCUAGUCAAUGUGGUGUCUCAUUUCCCUGUACUCCAAGUGGGACGUCUUUUGAGUUAACAUCUUCCCUUCAUGCCAUUGAAGAUGAUUCAGCUAUGGAUGUGAAAUCUCUCUGGGAUGAUGUAAGAUUGCAUCUUCGGCGAUUUUUAGUGAAUAGACUGCAAAGUCAAGAAGAAACAAAAGCUAAUACUUUACAACAACAAAUGGAGUUUAAAACUCAGUGCAUACAGCAACUUUUGUUUCUUUAUCCUGAAUCAGAAGUCUUAACGAAGUAUCAAAAUAUGCAGAAUAAACUGGUUAGCGAUCUCCUACAGAACUGUGUUUUGUCUAGUUGUGGUGAAACAAACUUUGAUAAGGUGGUUCAUGGUUACCAAAGUUCCAUACCCACAUUGUGCACAAUGAUAAAAGAGGAUUUGUAUAUACUAAGUGGAACUAUUGAUCCUUCUUCAUCGUUGAAGUUUAUUAAUGAAACUUACCUGGAUACCAUCACUGAAGAAAUUACAGUUCUUCUUGAAAGACUUUGUGAGCUGCAGUUCAAAGAAAAUGCUCUACAUAUGGUUAAGACAAACAAGAUUUCAAAGAAGCAUAGAGGAACAGUUCAUGCUGUGGCCUCCCAGGAAUGCCACAAAAAAGGAAGGAACUUCUGCUUAACGUUGUAUCAACUCAAAUGUCUUUCUCAACUUACUAAACUCUUUUUAUUAAUGGAAGAAAAAAUGGAAGAGCUCUCUGCAGAAAUUCUGCUGGUGCCUUCAUUUACGGAGAAGAAUAAGAAUGUUCAAGGAGUUCUGAAGAAAGCUAGUGGGGAGCUUUUAAUAGGAGAAACUAGAGCAAAUGAAACCAGUGUGCCUCCUGAACAGUUACUUCAGGUAGAAGAGCCUAUUUUACUGAAUUUUGGCUGGAGAAAUGCCUUUAAAGACCUGUCGUCUUCUGUGGCUCACUGUAUAACAAUAGCAAUAGAGGAUUUUUCAACUAAAAUUCUUCAACAUGAGCAGAAAGAAGAGUUUUCAGCUUCAGGCUAUGCAAUGAGUCUUGUAAACAACCAGCAAAUGAGGGAGUCCUGCGGAGCAGUCCAACAGGAGGAGCAACCAAAACGAAUUGCUAAGUUUUGUUCUGACAUCAUGGAAGAACUUGACACGUUGCUUCCAUUGGCUCUGGCAUGCAGAGAUGAUUCUCUUCAGGAAAUUAGAGCAAACUUUGUCGAGGCCUGCAGCAAAGUGGCAACAGCUGUCCUGGCAAGACUAGAGGAGAAAAGCAAAGACGUUCCCUCCAAGGCUCCCCUGCAAGACUUGCAUGCUGCCCUCUCCACAGCCAUAUACGUCUUUCAGCAUUUUACAAUGUAUAGCAAUUUAAUGAAGGAAACCAGCAAAAAGCCCCUGUUCCUGGUGCCUCUCCAACAGUAUCAGGAAUUCAUCAACGAUCUCCAGUUUCAAGUUACGAGCUACUGCGUCAGAGUUUGUGCUACAAGCAUUUUACAGGAUGCUGAGAGCCACCACUGGGAGGACUACAAAGCUUUUUAUGAGGGGGAAAGAUGCUCAUUCUCUGUCCAGAUGUGGCAUUACUUCUGCUGUGCUCUUCAUCAUGAUCUAUGGACUAUUCUCCCUCCCAAGACAGCCCAGGAGAUUCUUACAGAUGUACUAGAGCAAUCUUUGGCUAUGCUGUCCUCCAGAUAUUGUCAGGCCUGCCCCAGUUACAAGAGAACACCACAAAUCAGAAUUGAUAUUGCAGCAAUUUUGAUGUCCACUGAAGUUAUGCUCUGGUCAGUUUGCAGCUCUGUACAGGAGUUUCUGAAUCCACAUGAAGACAGACAUCUCAAGAUCUAUAAAAUACAUAGCCACUGCAAUAGUAUGCUCUCUGUGCUGGCUAUUUUAACUUCACCACUGAAGAAUUUGUAUGAGACAUUUCUGAAAAAUUCUGAUGAGCAUCUUCCUCAAGACUUUUCAAAUGUCUUUUAUCAUCCAUUACACUGGUUAUUUUGCAUACCAUCACCCUGUUCUUCCCUACUGAAGACUCCAUCAGCCAGAGAAAUGGCAGCCGAGGGUCAGCUGAAACUGCUCUUAUCCCAGCCGUACUGUAAUUUGAACUUGCUUUUGGAAACAUUGCUACAUCGUGAUUGUCUCUUAGUGAAAAUUUUACUGAGAAGUUCAAGAAAUGAAGUAUUGAAUCGUGAUGAACGAAGUUCCCUCUCAGAGCAGAUAAAUAACAAACAGCCUACCCUGAUUGAAACAAUCUUCACAGUGUUGUCUUACUGCACUUUAUCACCCAAAUCUCUUGGCAUUGCUUUUGAGACCUACAUGGAAAAAGAGCAGUUGUGGAGUUGCUUAUACAAUAUGACAGUUUCCAGUUGUGGUGAGUCGGAGCCAGAGGUUAUCAGAUGCUUGAAGUUGACUUUGAUUAAUUCAGUCAAGGGUAUAGUGAAGCAGAUAAUUUCUUUGAUGCAUUCAUGGGAGGCAACAGAAAACUACGGAACGUACCAGCACAAGCAAAUAGUUCCUGAAAGUUUACUGAAAACGGUUCCGAAGGAAUGGAAUUACACUCCUCGGGAAAUGAAGAGAAAAGAAUCUGGGAAAUGUUUCACAAGGCUUGCAGCUCAGGCAGUAUCUAUUGUAAUCAGCAAGUUACCUACAGUGAUUGCAUGUUUGCCUCCCCCAAUUAAGUACUUCUUUUUUCUGGCUGAGAGAAAAAUGUCAAGAAACUUUGCUGAAUUGAAGAAAGCUGGUCUGCUUGUCUGGAACUUGAUUGUAAUUAUAUGUCGGAUAUUUGAGGAUGGAAAUACUGCAGAACUUUUAACAGGUGCAACACUUGACAGAUGGAGCAAAGAAAAACUCAGUUUAGUUCGUGUGUGCUUAGAAAGUAUUAUGGGAAAACUGAAAAGUGGUCCUAAGCAAGUGACCCAGAAGGUUAUACAGAGCAUUGAACAGCAAAGACCAAACUGGAUUGAAAGCCAGUUGCUGAAGGCUAGAAAAUUGAGCACAGACUGUGCCUCAGUCUCCGUAGAAGGUGCAAUGUUAGAGGAAGGAGGUGUUGCACUUGGAUUCACUGAGCAGAAAAUAAACAUGAUGGUCCUGGAUAUCUGCCACAAACCAGGUGGCAGCGAGUACCUGAGGCAAAUUUAUCACAUCAUCCGGCUCAAUGAGGAAUAUUUGAACGAGCAGCUGUCUUGUGAGAAUUCUUCUGAAGAUGGUGUCGCCUCCAGUCAGUGCCUGCCUUUGACACUGAAGGGCAGAGAAGAGCAGCCUGUCUUCAACCCUUUCCAGGUGUACAGACAAUCUUGUGCGAAAGUGUUCAAUCAGUCAGCCAUUACUGAAUGGAACUGGGAUUGGUCAAACUUGCUGCCAAGUUAUUUGGGACUGAAUCAGAUGACCUUCAGGGUGCUGCUGGCACACAGGUGGGAGAUGAAAGAAGGUGCAGAUCUUGAAGAUGAGGAGAAAGUUAUGGUGGAACACUUAAAAAAUGUUUAUUUGACACAGAGCACUCCUACCUCAGAGGAUAAAGAAGAAUAAUUACUUUGACAGGUUUCGGGUAGCACCUUUUUCUGAAUUCAACAUGAUUAACUUAAUGGCUUAGUUAUAACUGACAGGACUAGAAAGCUCGGGAAUAUAUAUCUUGAGUAGGAGUUUUAAACUAAAGAACGUUCCCCUGUUAUUGUCUAGUCACCCCAUCCAGGCAGCAAUUGUUCACACAGGCGUAAGACGAGCAACAAUAUCUGCAAAUGUCAGUGUCACAAAACAAGGAGGGCGCAUCUCGGUCCUGCGGAGGCAUAAACCGGAAUGACAAACCAGGAGCUGUUUUAAAAGGAUAAAACUCACUCUGAAAGCAAUGCGACCUGGGGCACGUGCUCAGCAGACACCCGCGCUCGGCUUCCGUCGACCAUUUGGAGCCAGACUCAGCCUGGCCACAUUGGUGCCGCUCAAGGACCUUUUCUCUGCUUUGAUGCUUGUGUUCUAGCUAGUCCUGGCAUUAAACCACCCAAAAUGUAUGAAAAAGGACAGGUAUAGGCCAUAGGUCUGCAGUAGCCUGUGAGUUGCUCCACGAUGAGUGUUCUUGGCCAUUAUCCCCAAGCAUUAGCUUUAUUGCCCUCGCAAAUCCUAACAUGACGUCCAGCGUAUGUUACAGCUUAAAAGAUGCGUUAGAGAGAAACUUCUUAGCAGCUCUUAAAGUUUUGAGAAGCGUCUUUUUAUUUAAAAGAAUUAUUCACAGGCAGCGCUCAAAGGACUAUCUGAACAGUGAACUGGGAAGAGAAAAUGACAAAGAAUGCAAUAUUCAUUUCUGAUAAAUAUAGUAAAAUUUCAUUUUCAAAGUAAGCCCCUUCUGACAUUCAGAUUUUCGAAAUAUUAAAUGUUUUUCUUUUCAGUAAAAGCUCUUGCUUAAGGACUAAAAAUAGCUGAGUUAGGUGGCUACUGUAACGAUGUUUUUUAUAUAGAAGGUAUGGUUAAUAUUUCCUUAGCUCUACAGAAAUAAUCCCUCAUUUUUUCUGUUUGCUUCUUGCACUGGAAGUCCAAGGGAACUCUUUCCUCUGCCUGAUGAAGGACCCUGGCAAGUUCUUGCUGAGGCUGGAAUCUGAGCUGCAGCCAUCCCUGUUCCCACCACAUCUUCUCAGAGAUGCUCUUACGGACAUAGCUCAUACCCUUUGAAUAGGAGGAAGGCACUUUUUUUUUCCUAAAGACUUCAGCAGCAUCAUGGGUAACCCUAAAGCUGAUGGCUGCUGUAGGGUCUAAUCUGAAAUGCAGUUUUUCCUCCUUUUAAUUCCUCUUUUUUUUUCAUAAUGCGUAUAAAAUAUCAGACCACUUAAAAUAAAAACGGGGGACCACCGCAUCUUACAAAUCUCCAAAGAUCUUGUUACAACGCCGCAUCGACAAAAGGGCUGUGAGGCACCAGCGCUUCAAAAAUGCUAAAAAUAUUAUUUUAAGAAUAAAACAGACUUUUUCCUCUGCCGCUGGUAUAGUCAUUUCAGGUCAUAAAGAAGUGAUGAAGGGUAAAAACAAUUUUUCUUUGCUUUGUAUUUCACCUUUGAAGACUAGUUGUGGUCAUAAGGCUUAAAACAUGGCUACAGGGAUUGCCUGUGAUGGCAGGCACGGCACUCUGACAAACGAGGCACACAUGCUCCGAGCCAUACUAAUAAUGCAACGCUGGAGUUUAGAAUAUUCUUUGCUAUUUUAUCAAAAUCUAUUGUACAUAAUUAACUUUUCGUAUAGUCACAUAAAGUGAAUUUCUGUCUAUGCGGUGAAACUGGCUGAAAUACUUUUUGUGAAAAAGUUCCCCUUCUGGGAAACACUUAUUCUGAAUAGGAUAAACUUUGCAAGUGAAAUAAGCUAACCCAGAAUAAAAACCCUCACUUACUCUGAAAUAGGAAUGUCCAUAUGGGGAGUUAUUCCAAACUGGUUAUUAUCCUUUAAAUUCACAACACACCUGGUUCUGGAAUAAUCUGUAAACAGUCAUGUUAAAAAAAGAAAUUCUUUAUGCCCCUUCCUCCCUUCUCUCCCUGCCAAAUUAAUGCAGCAGGAACCCACUGGGUAGCACCAGGGCAAUUUCGUCUUUCUUAGCAAGAGUGUAUUCAUAAUCUUUACCAAUGUGGAGCUGACAAGACAGAAUAACUAGCCUGAAUAAAAGCUGAACCUUUGCACAAUAUUUUAUGUGGAUGUUUUUCUUACCCAAACCUCUCUCCAUAUACGAUGUCUUUUAGAGUAUCUGAAUGCAAGCUAAUGUCUGUCUGAAAUUGAACUUGUCCCUCAAUCCUUACCGAGAAAUAGCAGGGCUCGGUUUGUUGGCAAUUUAGUGAUCCUAUUAACUGACCUUCAGGGUACAAAAGGAACAUCAUGUUGGCAACAUCACUUAUGCUGAAUAGAGACUUUGGCAACAUUCACACUUGUUCAAUAAAAUUACAGUAAUAAUAAGAGCUGUAUAACUAAGAUUGCUAAAUAACACACCAUUAAUUUAUCAAGACUGCUUACUUUAAACUUAAACCCUUAAUUGAAGAAAAAUGAAAGACACUUGAAAGACCUGAUCAGUUUUACAUGGUAAGGUGUGUAAAAUCAGGAGCACUUGUGAAAUAGAUUGCUGCUUUCUUUGGGUUUUCUUAAUAGAACAAUAGUUCUAUAUUCUUAAAAAAGUUCUGUUUGUUCUAAAAUUGAUUUAAGAUUAAUUUCAUUUUGGGGAGUAUGGGUCCGUAAAGCUGCAAUGUUUUCCUUGCGUAUUUUAUGUCCUGGCUCUUUGUCACUGCUUGUUGAUCCAGUAACAUCUCACACUUACGUUUGGCCUCAAUCAAUGACGGCAACAGGAACCAGAUUUGCUGGCCGCAGUGUGGGCUCUGUGCUGCGUGACUUCUGCAAUCUGACCGUGUUAAGUGCUCCUACAAAGGUCGUCAAAAAUCAGAAUUAAAGUCUGUUGUGGACAACAGACCUUUCUGAAUAGGCAAAAGCUGUCCUCUUUAGCUUAAAAGGAAAUUAUUGUACGUAAAGAAAUGAAUUGAUUGGAUAGCAGAAACUAGGUAACUAUGCAUUAUCAUUAAUGCUUACACCUAAUUCUCAUUUAACAUUUUACCCUUUUUACUAAACAGGCUUAAAUGGGAGACUUCAUGGCAUGGAAUACCUCUAAUUACAUUUAUUCAGUAUCCAGUUCAGAGUGCUCCAAAUCUUGACAUCUUGCUACUUUGGAAAGGCAGUUAAUAACAUCAGAAGCAGGGCAAAACUGAGAUAGCAUUAAUAGUAAUGAAACUGGAGAAAGACAGGAGAGAGAGAAUUUUGGGAAAAGACAGGCAUUCAGACAUAGCCCUGCCUUUUAGUGACUGCUGUCCUGACAAACAGUGUCCCGUAGAUAUUGCUUUAUUCCAGGAGAGGGCUUUUGUAGACACCACAGGCAACAAAGCUAUUUGUUCUGGAAAUAUGCACGGUGGCGAAUGGAUGUUCUCUAAUUCAUCUCUACAUCCUCACAGCAGUGCAGGGUAGGCAUGAGGCUGGCUUCUUCCAAUUAGCUUCCUCUGACUGAAAUAUUCCAUUUCCCUCUCAGCUGGGAGGUCUUCACAAAAUACUACUGAGUCUUAUCUACGGUAAGAUACCAAUUAUAUGCUGAUACAAAACUAUUUUGUGGAACUCCUUAAAAAUACGUGCAAUCAUUUUUAGUGACAGACACUAUUGAAACUUCCAAGGCAACAGUCGCAAGACUGAGGAAUUAGACCCAUUGCCCAAUUAGGCAUGAAAUGGGAGAGCAACUUGAUGGCUAUGGGGAGAUUUCUAAGCGAGCGUAUAGAUCUCAAGGAGGUCCUGGCUGGUGCAAAGCUGCUUCUUUGUAAUAACUGUCCAUAUUUUAAACAGUGGUAUGAGUGGAAGGAGAAGCUCUAAAACUAUUUCAAGAGUAAGGCCUGGGAAAUGUGAAAGGUUGAGCUUGCUUUUUCCUCUGGCUGUGGACACCAAGACUUGGGAAGCAGACUAAACUGACUGACGCUGCCAGGCAGGCAGUACAAGAAAAGCAUGCAAGGUCUUGAACAGGUUGGGCAUCACUGAGGGCCUCAGAAUACUCAUCAGUAAAAUGAUGAAGGAACCACAUGACUUCUCUCUAGCAACAGCAUUUCAUAGAAUCAUAGAAUUGCCCAGGUUGGAAGGGACCUUUCAGAUCAUCGAGUCCAACCAUCAACCUAAGUCUGACAAAACCCAUCACUAAACCAUAUCUCUAAGCACCACACCUACCCAUCUUUUAAAUAAUGUUAGCUGUUAUUGCAGCAAGUGAAACAAUGAUAUAGAGAUGACAAAAAACAGUCUAAAAAGCAAGGAGGUCAGCAGGUUGAGGGAGGUGAUUCUGCCCCUCUCCUCUGCUCUGGUGAGAUCCCACCUGGAGCACUGCGUCCAGCUCUGGAGCCCUCAGCACAAGAAGGAAAUGGACCUGUUGGAGCAGGGCCAGCGGAGGCCACGAAGAUUGAUCAAAGGGCUGGAGCCCCUCUGCUGUGAGGGCAGGCUGGGAGAGUUGGGGUUGUUCAGCCUGGAGAAAAGAAGGCUCCAGGGAGACCUUAUAGCGGCCCUUCAGUCCCUAAAGGGGGCUCCAGGAGGGAUGGGGAGGGGCUCUUUAUCAGGGAGUGUAAUGAAGGACAUGGGGUAAAGGCCUCAAACUGAAAGAGGGGAGAUUUGGAUUGGAUAUCAGGAAGAAAUUCUUUGCUGGGAGGGUGGUGAGCCCCUGGCCCAGGUUGCCCAGAGAAGCUGUGGCUGCCCCAUCCCUGGAGGGGUUCAAGGCCAGGUUGGACGGGGCUUGGAGCAACCUGGGCUGGUGGGAGGUGUCUCUGCCCAUGGCAGGGGGUGGCACUGGGUGAUCUUUAAGGUCCCUUCCAACCCAAACCAUUCUGUGAUUCUGUGUGAUUCUGUGAAUCGUGCAAACAAACAAAAAUAAAUCCAAACCCUUUUUUCUUUUUCCUGGAGAAGUGUUUCUAUAGCAAGUGUCUCAGGAAGAACUGGCAAUUGCCAAGUACUAAUGACAUAAAGUGAUCAUCUGAAUUAAGACUGUAUGUCUAAAUUUCGUAGACAACUAUACCUAAGCUGACAAGGAGCCACUCAAGUCAUGGCUGGUGCAAAUUUGAUGACUACCAGAUUAAAUUGACUUUGCUCUCUUUGUACAUUCCUAGAAUGGUGGUGUAAAAUCCAGAUUACUGAACCAGUGAUUUUUCACUGAUCUGCACAAUUCCACAGCCUGCGGGCUGCCCAGGGAAGUUGUUGAGUCAGCAUCCCUGGAGGUGUUUAAAGGAUGGGUAGACGUGGUGCUGAGGGACAUGGUUUAGUGGUGGUUUGGGUAAUCGUUGGACUCAAUGAUCUUAAAGGUCCCUUCCAACCUAGACAAUUCUACGGUUCUAUUAAACCCUUUAGAUCCAUGACAACUUCAGCUGUUAGUAGGCUGUACCAGGCUGCACCUUUGUAGUAAGGACUAUGAAGAUGCUGAGGGGACUGGAACACCGCUCUUAUGAGGAAAGGCUGACAGAUUUGGGUCUCUUCAGUCUGGAAGAAAGAUGGAUGAGGAGGGACCUUAUCAACACUUAUAAAUACUGAAAGGGUGGGGGUCAGGAGGAUGGGGCCAGGCUCUUUUCAGUGGUGCCCAGGGACAGGACAAGGGGCAACGGGCACAAACUUGAGCAUGGAAAGUUCCACCUCAACAUGAGGAGGAACUUCUUUGCUGUGAGGGUGGCAGAGCCCUGGCACAGGCUGCCCAGAGAGGUGGUGGAGUCUCCAACUCUGGGGACAUUCCAACCCUGCCUGGACGCGUUCCUGUGCCCCCUGCUCUGGGUGACCCUGCUCUGGCAGGGGGUGGGACUGGGUGAUCUCCAGAGGUCCCUGCCAACCCUAUGAUUCUAUGAUUCUGUGAUCUCUGAGGAGUUACUUUAUAAUAUCUCCUACUGAAGAAAGUGUUUUAAUGUUGAAAUAGCUCAUUAUCCAGCUUCUGCAGUAAAUUGAUCCAAGCUCCAGCAGACAACAGUCUCAGUGUCUACACAGCCCUGAGUAACAUCCAUUCUCUAUCUAGAAAUGAGGCAAAGAACCACAUAAUGGUGAUCACAUUCAACAGGUAUGAUCUUCUCCAGUUACUAGCUCAAAAAGCAUGACAGGUCUGCCAUGACAAACUCAGGCUUCAGACUUUGUUCGUGGAGGAGGUUUGCUGCAACAGCACAUAACUUUGUCUUUAACUUUGUCUUUUUCGUUUCAGGACAGCUUUUUAGAAAAAUAAUCUAUUUUCAGGUCUCCAAAUAAAUAAGUCCAUUGAUUAAAAUUACUCUUGUAAAACAAGCAGUCAGUCAUUAGAGAACACCUGACAAGUGAUUACCAAUGCACCCAUGUGUGUUCCUUAUGAUAACUUAGUGGCAUGUUCAUAUAUAUUUUGCCCCUAGAUGAAUUCACUAGAGGACAGAAAUAUGGUUACACAAGAAACUUUGGUAAAUUUGUAAUUAUCUAAUAUCUAACUACUUUAUUUUUUGUCCCAUAAUCUGUUUUUUCUAUGUAAAAAGCCUAAUAGCUUUUGGAUAUUUGGUCUUCAUAAAGAAAUAGUAUCACAUAGCUCUUGUGAUCUCUUGACUCUGUUUUGUUUUCCACCUCAAUAUUGUCUUUCAGGCAUCCUUGAAAAACUUACUCGUUAAUUUUUGUUAUAAUUUAGAAUGUGGGUAUUGCUGGCGCUCAGUUAUACAUGGGUAAAUAAUUCAUUUUCUAGACUAACUGUCAUACAGACUUAAAGCAGUGUAGGUCCUCUGUGGGUAAUUAUUUCAUGUUUAGGGUUGCCUGAACACUUCUGCUCCUAACAUUGCACAUGCAUUUUAUAAAAUCUGUGUUUUUCCAUGGUUCUAAGCUACCUGUGUUACCUGGGAUAGUGGGAGCCAUUUGUAUGCAUUGCAUGUUGUGAGUUAUUUAUGUUUUUAUACUUAAACUAAUGUAUUUUGCCCCAUUUCCUUUAAGUUCUCUGAACUUUUAAUUUACACUUGGAAAUCCAUAGCACAUCUGCGUUCAUAACCUACACACACCUAUUUACAUAUCAAUAAAGCCUAUGCCUUCUCAACGU